CAUUACCAUAUAAAAAGCCACAGAAAAUUCCGAUUCCCAGUGUUUCUAUUAGCUCCACCACAACCCACAUCAAAUCAUCAUUCUCUCUCACUUUUUAUCUUCAUCAUCAAAAAAUCGCAGACUCUUUUUUUCAUUUCCUAUCUCUCUUCCUCUGCAAAAUUCACAACAAUCAUCUUCCAAAUCAGAGAAAAAAAAAAAAAAAACAGGCUGGUUCACAGGUUGAUGAACAAGAAUAAGAGCUUGUCUUAGCGCUUUUGAUCCUUUCUUGGUUUAAAGUUUGAAACUUUCAACCAACCAAUCGGAUAAGUUGAAGAACAACAAGAAGAAGAAGAAGAAAAAAAAAGGAAAUGAGUAAUUCUUGUGAGGAUUGUGGCUCAGAAGAGAAAAUGGGUAGCCAGAAAAUCUCGGUUUCAGAUCAUAUAAACGGUUUUCAAUACACCGCAGAUAAAUCAGAUAACUUUGUUAUUGACAUGGAUAGCUUCUCUCAUCCCACCAAUAAAGAUAAUACAGCAAAUUCAAGAAUCACAUUGCAGAGAAGUCAUUCAAGAAAAGGCUCACAGCGUGUUGUUGAUAAAAAGAUUGGUUCAAUUGCUACUUCAAACGAUAGAGAUAAUGGUGUUGCCACAUCCUCACCCAGAGGGCCUAGCACGCCUGAAAAGUCCAGUAUGGUGGCAGUAGGGACCAUGGAUAAUUGCAGCAGCCCACAAGUUCAUCAUCAGAUCACUAUCAACACCUGCAACAUCAGCACUCCCACCGAAAGCAGAGGCAUUUCGAGGAGAAAUAGUUUCAGGCGCUCUCCAUGGCUGCUUGAUCCUAAAAGGGUUCUUUUCCUCUUUGCCACCCUGUCAAGCAUGGGAACAAUUUUGUUAAUAUACUUCACCCUUUCAAUUGGAAAGCACAAUGCAAAUGAAGAUGGUCCAGAUUGGUAGCAGGGAAAAUAGGCUCAGCCUUAAAAGAGAAAUGAUAGUGGCACCCGAACUAGGAUAGAAACAUAAGCAUUCAAGGCUCAAGCAGUUUGUGGUGGGGGGUCCAUUUUGGAGAUAUGGGGCUUCUUUUGAUGGGUAUACUAAA